AACCAAAAGCAGUAAAACAACAAUAGAGACUAAAAUAGAGAGGUUUUUCAUUUGCAGAGUUUCAAAUUCAUUGAAAAUCAGCAUUGUUUAAAGAGCUGCAUUAAUAUGGGUGAGGAGAAGAAAGUGGAAGAAAACAAGGAGAAAGAGAAGAAGGAAGAAGAGAUAGUGCUAAAGGUUGAUAUGCAUUGUGAAGCUUGUGCUAGAAAAGUUGCUAGAUCCUUGAAAAGAUUCCAAGGAGUAGAGGAAGUAAUGGCGGAUUACAAGGCCAGUAAGGUGGUGGUAAAAGGCAAAAAUGCAGACCCUCUUAAAGUGUGUGAAAGGGUCCAAAACAAAAGUGGCCGAAAAGUUGAACUCAUUUCACCUUUACCUAAGCCACCCGAAGAAGAAAUUAAGGAGGAAAUUAUAAAGAAAGAAGAGAAAAAAGAUGAGCCUCCUCCGGUAAUAACGGUUGUCUUGAACGUUCAAAUGCAUUGUGAUGCUUGUGCUCAAGCUUUGCAGAAACGGAUCCGCAAAAUUAAAGGAGUAGAAUCUGUUACGACAGACCUUGUAAAAAAUCAAGUAGUAGUAAAAGGUGUCAUCGACUCAGAGAAGAUAGCUAAUGAUGUUUAUAAGAGAACUGGAAAACAAGUUUCAGUUAUAAAGAAUGAAGAGAAAAAGGAAGAAACUGAGAAGAAAGAAGAAGAGAAAAAAGAUAAAGAAGAAAAGAAACAAGGUGAAGCUGAGGAAAGCAAAGGAGAAGAUGAUAACAAGACAGACAUUAAGAAAAAUGAAUAUUUGCCUGCAAAAUACUACUACAAUUAUAAUAUGGAGUAUGCUAAUUAUUCCCCUCAGAUUUUCAGUGAUGAAAAU